AUGAUUGGAAAGAAAGAUUCCGUUUUCGAUGAUAAGGGAAAAGCUCAAGGCAUUUUGUACUUACUAGAGUCAUUUGAUUUCGUGUUUAUGGCACAACUAAUGACUACUAUAUUUGGGUACACUAACAAUUUGUGUCUUGCUUUGCAAAGAAGAGAUCAAGACACCAUUAAUGCUAUGAGGCUUGUCACUUUAACCAAAGAUCAACUACAGAAAAUGAGGGAGGAUGGAUGGGAGAUUCUCUUGAACAAGCCCUCAUGUAAGAUCAAAACGUUUGUUCAACAAGUUUCAUAUCUUCAUCAUUUUCGUGUUGAUGUGUUUAUCAAAGUGAUUGACUUAUUACUUCAAGAACUUGAUAAUCGAUUCGAUGAAGUUAAUAUGGAGUUGCUCAGAUGUAUGGCUUGCUUCAAUCCUAAAGAUGGCUUCUCUUCUUUUGACAAGGAAAAGGUACUCAAACUUGCCACUUUUUAUCCUUCCGAUUUUGCAAACAUUGAUUUGAUGGACCUUGAGUGCCAACUUGAUAUAUUCAUUGGAGAUAUGAGAAGUGAUGAAGACUUUCAGAAUUUGCGAGAUAUUAGUUCUCUUUUGGUGAAGUCUGUUGAAACAAAAAGAGAUGUGGUUUAUUCGCAUGUGGUUUUGCUUAUCAAGUUGAUUUUGAUUCUUCCGGUUGCCACUGCAAGUAUAGAGAGAGUGUUUUCUGGAAUGACGUUUGUGAAGAAUAAGUUGAGAAAUAGAAUGGGUGAUCAACAUUUGAACGAUUGUUUGGUCACUUUCAUUGAGAAAGAUGUGUUUCUACAAGUAUCCGAUGAUGAUGUAGUGAAUCGUUUUGAAGAAAUGAAGACUCGUUGA